CGCAAGCGCAUUGAAGUUAGUGCUGACGGUUGUUGACGGGGACCUAGUGGGGAGUCGCGGCCUAAGGAUCCUUGGGAGAGUGGUCACGGUGAUAAGAUGAACUUCUUACGGGGCGUCAUGGGCGGGCAGAACCCUGGACCUCAGCCGUCCGGUGCUGACACGAUUCAAAAAUUAUGUGAUAGAGUGGCAUCUUCCACCUUACUUGAUGAUCGCAGAGAUGCUGUACGUGCCCUGAAAUCUCUUUCAAAGAAAUAUCAUUUGGAAGUGGGGAUUCAAGCUAUGUCUCAUCUUAUACAUGUUCUCCAAACAGACCGUUCAGAUUCUGAAAUAAUCGGCUAUGCUUUGGAUACCCUCUGCAAUAUCAUGUCCAAUGAUUUGGAAGAGGAAGAACAAGAAGAAAAUUCACAGAAACAAACAGAAGAUUUUGGAAGUCAGUUUACCGAAAUUUUCAUUAAACAACAUGAAAAUGUCACUCUUCUGCUGACUUAUUUAGAGGAGUUUGAUUUUCAUGUCCGGUGGCCUGGAGUAAAACUUCUUACAGUGUUGUUAAAACAACAGGGUCCCCAAUUGCAGCAGAUAAUCUUAGUCAGUCCUAUGGGAGUCUCAAGGUUAAUGGAUCUACUAGCAGAUUCUAGAGAGGUCAUAAGAAAUGAUGGUGUUUUGUUACUUCAGCAGUUAACAAAAAGUAAUGCAGCAAUCCAGAAAAUAGUUGCUUUUGAAAAUGCAUUUGAAAGAUUGUUAGAUAUCAUAACAGAUGAGGGUAACAGUGAUGGAGGCAUAGUAGUAGAGGACUGUCUUCUGUUGCUACAAAAUUUGUUGAAAAAUAACAAUUCAAAUCAGAAUUUUUUCAAGGAAGGUUCUUAUAUUCAGCGUAUGAAACCAUGGUUUGAAGUUGGUGAUGAUAAUGCUGGUUGGUCUGCACAGAAAGUAACCAAUUUGCAUUUGAUGCUGCAGCUGGUACGUGUGCUGGUGUCUCCUACAAAUCCUCCUGGUGCCACCAGCAGUUGUCAAAAAACCAUGUUUCAUUGUGGGUUAUUGCAGCAGCUUUGUACAAUUCUGAUGGCAACUGGAGUUCCUGCUGAUAUCCUUACAGAGACCAUUAACACUGUAUCAGAAGUAAUUCGAGGAUCUCAAAUGAAUCAAGAUUACUUUGCUUCAGUAAAUGCACCUUCAAAUCCUCCAAGGCCUGCAAUUGUUGUGCUUCUUAUGUCAAUGGUAAAUGAGAGACAACCAUUUGUCCUGCGCUGUGCUGUCCUUUAUUGCUUCCAGUGUUUCUUAUACAAAAACCAAAAAGGGCAAGGAGAAAUUGUAUCAACUCUUCUACCUUCAACCAUUGAUGCUACUGGAAAUUCUGUCUCAGCUGGCCAACUUCUUUGUGGAGGACUCUUUUCUACAGAUUCUGUUUCAAAUUGGUGUGCAGCUGUGGCAUUGGCCCAUGCUUUGCAAGAAAAUGCCACUCUAAAGGAACAGCUGCUACGGGUACAGCUAGCAACUAGUAUUGGAAAUCCUCCAGUGUCCUUACUUCAGCAGUGCACUAACAUUCUGUCUCAGGGUGAUAAGAUCGACAGACGGGGAAGCAAAGUGCAGACAAGAGUUGGAUUAUUGAUGCUGCUUUGCACAUGGCUAAGCAAUUGCCCCAUCGCUGUCACACAUUUUCUUCACAAUUCAGCAAAUAUUCCAUUUCUAACAGGACAAAUAGCAGAAAACCUUGGAGAAGAGGAGCAGCUGGUUCAAGGAUUGUGCGCUCUAUUACUAGGAAUCUCCAUUUAUUACAAUGACAAUUCACUUGAGAAUUAUAAAAAAGAAAAACUAAAGCAGCUUAUAGAGAAAAGGAUUGGAAAGGAAAUUUUUAUUGAGAAAUUGGGAUUUAUUAGCAAACAUGAAUUCUAUUCCCGAGCAGCUCAGAAACCACAGCCAAACUUUUCUAGUCCUGAUCAUAUGAUGUUUGAUCAUGAAUUUACAAAGCUGGUGAAAGAACUGGAAGGAAUUAUAACAAAGGCAGUUUAUAAGUCAAGUGAAGAAGAUAAAAAGGAAGAAGAAGUGAAAAAAACUUUAGAACAGCAUGACAACAUAGUGACACAUUAUAAAAAUGUCAUUAGAGUACAGGACCAGGAGCUUGAGGAAUUGAAGAAACAAAUAGAAUCAUUUAAAAUUCAAAAUGAACAGUUGCAGACAACAGUUACGCAACAAGUUUCACAAAUCCAGCAACACAAGGACCAAUAUAACCUCCUUAAAAUACAGCUAGGAAAAGACAAUCAGCAUCAUAGUUCCCACAGUGAUAUGGCUCAGAUGAAUGGUGUUCAAUCAGAAGAAAUCAGUAAAUUGAACAUUGAAAUGGAGGAAUGGAAGCACAAACUGGAAUUACUGCAAGAACAGCUAAGAGAAAAGGAUUCUUUGAUUGAAACCCUGAAACUUUCAACAACAAUGGAAAGAGGAAAAGAACAAUCAUCACAAACUAAUAUAUCUACUGGAACUCAGUUAAAUAGUGAACUGUGUAAGAACCUGACUUCUGUUCCUGCAUCAGAAGACAGUAGUGCUGAUAUGAUAGCAAAGACAAUUGACUUGGAAAGACAACUGUCAGUGAUCUUUCAGGAGAAUAAAGAAUUAAAGAAUGAAAUUGCAAGACUCAGUGAGGAGAAGACUUCAUUUAAACAACAAUUGGAAUCAUCCAAUAGCACUGUUGCAAUUUUGAAAAAUGAAAAAAGUAAACUGCAGCAGGAAAUUGCAGAAUCUAAAAAAGAACAAGAUGAUUUUCUGGUUCUUCUGGCUGAUCAGGAUCAGAAAAUAAUUGAAUUAAAGAAUAAACUCAAAGAACUUGGAGAACCGAUUGAAGAUGAAGAUGAUGUGGAUUUAGGUGAUCAUGGUGAGGAUGAAGAGGAGGAGGAGGAGGAGGAUGCAGAAGGAGAAGAAGAAAAUUAAUAGUACUUUAUUGGGUUAAACAUGGAAUUUAGGAAUGCUUUGAAAUUUAGGAAUGUAUGAACCAAUCUGGAUGGCUUUGUGAUACAAAGCACCUUGAUAAAAAGAAAAGAUCAUUAAAAAUUAUCCUCAGUUUCUUAAAUAUCGGCAAUAUAUUGUAGCUAAACAGAAACCUAGUGUGUUAAAUUUCACAUUCAGAUCAAACUGAAUAAUUAACAAAUUAGAAACCAUUUUAAAAGCUGUAAGAAGGUAACAAUGUUGGAUUAAAAUAUGUUGCCUUUUGCCUAUUUUCAGAGUGUUUGUCAUUACUUAAUUUUCUUAUUUUGGAUUUUAUUGUGAUUAAAUAAUGGUAUGCAUAUGGCUAAAAUCCCUUGGAUGAAAUUGUUUCGUCUAUUCAGUUUGGAGAGAUCUUACAGAUUUUUUUUCUUUAAUACCUUUUACAAAAGAUUGAAAGUGAUGAUGUGGUUUGGUUUGGUCAAGUUAAGUGGGUCAUAGUUUCCUUACUUUCUUCUAAGUAGAUUUUGGCUUGAAAUGAGUGCCUUGCAUCUGAAAUGACUCCCAUUCUGUACCUUGGAAGUAAAAGUAGCUGCAACAGUACAGAGGGAUUUUCUAAAGAUAAAGAGCACUAUUUAAGAGUAUAUUAAAGAAACAUUUUUAGCAAAAUUCCCAUAUAAAACUUCAAAGGCUAUCAGUUUAUUAUUUUGAAAACAUAUU